AGCAUUCCAAAAUGAGCAUUCUUACUACUGCACUAAUACGAUUAAACAUAAAACAAAACUACAGGUUGAAACGCUGCAAACGGGGGAUUUCCUUAAUAUUAAGAACAACUUUCUUUGUAUUACUAAAUAAUCUUUUUUUCUCUGUUUAUAUCUAUUUUGGUAAGGUUGAAAAUGAUAAAAGUGCUGAGUUUAUUGAUGCUUUGCAUGUGCAUAAAGGCAGAUAAUGGCAAAUGUGAAGAAGUGACCAGUACUUGUGCAGUCGUUACAUGUGGCACACACAGCUCUAGUGGAUUGCCGGGGAGGGAUGGAAGAGAUGGCAAAGAAGGCCCAAAUGGAGAAAAGGGAGAUAAAGGUUUGCAAGGAUCAAGGGGCAUUCAGGGACCUCCUGGAAAAAUUGGCCCCCCUGGUGUAAAAGGUGAAAUGGGCUCUGUCGGGGAGAAGGGAGACCCUGGUCGAAGUGCUUCUUCAGAGGUUGAAGUUGUAAAGGGUCAAGUGAAGGCUCUGGAAGGGCAACUGCACCUGCUACAAGAAAAUUUUAACAAAUAUAACAAAAUUUUGCUGUUUCAUGGUGGCAAGAAAUCUGGUGAGAAAAUUGUUGUAACAAAUGGCCAAGAAGAGACUUUUGAAAAUGCCCAGAAGACAUGCAGAGAAGCUGGGGGAAAAUUAGCCACCCCAAAAAAUGCUGCAGAGAACAUUGCAGUGCAGGAGAUUCUCCAAACAAAGGGUGACACAGCAAAAUCGUAUCUAGGAAUAUCAGACAUUCAGGUAGAAGGAAUCUUUAAAUAUCUUGGAGGAGAAAAGAUAUCUUUCACUAACUGGAACUUAGGGGAGCCAAACAACAGCAAAGACAAAGAAGACUGUGUGGAGAUUCAAGAUAAUGGAAAAUGGAAUGAUAUUCCAUGUUCUCUGCUUAGAUUAGUGAUAUGUGAAUUUUAAGGAUAUUAUAAUUGAUAUUGAUCACUUAAUUGUACCUUAAAUAUCAGUAAUCUGACCUAAAUAUGAUGUUAAAUUAAAAAUAUGAAAAUAAAAGGAUUGUAUUAUGCGGGAAAAAUAUUUGUAGUACAUGUAUAUACUAACCUUUAAAGAAAAGUUUGUUCAAGUAUAUUUUCUGGUACUCAUAUAUUUUGUCACACAAAAACCUUAAUGCCCAGUUGUAUUUAAAAGUUUGGAAUCUAAAUGAGUUGAAUGUGGCAUAAAACCUAAGAAAUUGAUUGUUUCCAGAAUUUUAUAGAUAAUAAAAGAUGAAUGAUUGACCAAC